UAUUAUAUCUGCAUUUCAUAUGGCGAACAAUCAAAAUUCAGAAGGUAGCUUGCGUAUCUGAUAUAGGAAUGCGAGAUGAGAAAAAUGAAGAGAAAACACCCGAUGAAGAAGAAAAUUCAAAGAGUUGUCGUUUAGAACAUGAAGACUUUGAAGGGUUACAAUGCGAUUAUUGUGAAAAGUUAGAGCGUCUUAAAGAGUUAGAAGAAUCUAUUCGAAAACGAGAAGAGAUGCUCAUAAACAAAGAGAUUCAGUUUGAUGAGCAGUUGAAAUGUCUGAAAGAAAAAGAUAUGACAAUUUCAGAACUAGAAAAAAGCAUUAAUGCUGAAAAAGAGAGAUGUAACAGUUUGAAACGCGUAUAUGAACAGAAAAUUAAAAAACUACAAGAAGAUUUGGGUAAACGGGAGAUUACUCAACAACAUGAACUAGAAAAACGCAUUAAUUUUGAAAAAGAGAAAUGCAACAGUAUGAAGCGGGAGGAUGAACUGAUGAUUAAAAAAUUAAAAGACGAAUUGUCUGUUUCUGAACAGAAGGUUAAACAACUACAAGAACAAGAAAAACAAAUAAAUUUUGAAAAAAAGAUAAGCAAAUGUAUGAAGCGAGAGGAUGAUCAGUUAAUAAAAAAACUACAAGACCAAUUGGCGGUGUCUGAACAGAAGGUUAAACAACUACAAGAACAAGAAAAACGCAUUGUUUUGAAAAAAGAGAAAUGCGAAAGUUUGAAGCGGGAGGAUGAACAGCUUAUUAAAAAAAUUCAAGCAGAAUUGGCGGUGUCUGAAGAGAGGAUUCAACAACUUCAAGAAAAAGAAAAACGACUUAAUUUUGAAAAAGAUAAAUGCGAAAGUACAAAGCGGGGGUUUGAACAGUUGAUUAAAAAUCAACAAGCAGAAUCGGCGGUUUCUUCACAGAAGAUUCAACAACUUCAAGAAAAAGAAAAACGACUUAAUUUUGAAAAAGAUAAAUGUGAAAGUACAAAGCGGGGGUAUGAACAGUUGAUUAAAAAUCAACAAGAAGAAUUGGCGGUUUCUGCACAGAAGAUUCAACAACUUCAAGAAAAGGAAAAACGACUUAAUUUUGAAAAAGAUAAAUGUGAAAGUACAAAGCGGGGGUAUGAACAGUUGAUUAAAAAUCAACAAGAAGAAUUGGCGGUUUUCUGCACGGCAGAUUCAACAAUUUCAAGAAACAGAAAAACGACUUAA